ACCCCGUUUCAAGAAAUCCUUCAACAAAUUCCCCAAAACCCUCAAAAUAUCCCCCAAAAAUUCAUACCCAUUUCAAGAAAUCAAGAAAAAAUCACACCCAUCUGACGAAUAUCAUGAAAUUCGGCAAGAGUUUGAGCAAUCAGAUCGAAGAAACCUUGCCUGAAUGGAGAGAUAAGUUUCUGUCUUAUAAAGAACUCAAGAAACGAUUGAAGUUGAUCAACCCGCAAGGGAAAUCCUCCGGCGAUGUUUGUAACAGGGCAGCUAAACGACUACGGUUUUCCGGCGGUGGUGCCGGAGAUUGGACGGUGGUUGAUGGUGGAAUGUCGAUGGAGGAGGUUGAUUUCGUUGAGUUGUUGGAGAAGGAGAUUGAGAAAUUCAACUUGUUCUUCGUUGAGAAAGAGGAAGAGUACAUCAUCAAAUUGAAGGAACUGCAAGAUAACGUGGCGAAGGCGAAGGAUUCGAGUGAAGAGAUGAUAAAGAUACGAAGAGAGAUGGUCGAUUUCCACGGAGAGAUGGUUUUGUUGGAGAAUUAUAGCGCUCUUAACUACACCGGAAUAGUAAAGAUUUUGAAGAAAUACGAUAAAAGGACCGGAGCCGUCCUUCGUUUACCGUACAUUCAAAAAGUCCUGCAACAACCCUUCUUCACCACUGACUUGCUUUACAAGCUGGUGAAGGAGUGCGAGGUCCUACUGGACCGCCUCUUUCCACUGAUUGAAGCGCCAGCUUCUUCAGAUGAUGAAGCUGGCGGCAACGCUGGUGGCGAGACACCCACCACCUCAAACAACGGUGAGGGACCCACAAGACCCAUGAACGCCAGGGAAUUCGCCGAGCUCGAGUACAUGAAGAGCUUAUACACAAAAAGCACCAUCUCCGCUCUUCGGGUUCUGAAAGAAAUCCGAAGCCGAAGCUCUACCGUCAGCGUCUUUUCAUUGCCGCCGAUGCAAGUGAGCGUAUUAGAGGAGACUUGGAACAAGUUUCCACUGCUCGAACAAUUAGCAAAAUAGGAAGCGCGAACGCUUCCAUUUUAUGCCAAACUUUUCGUGACUCAGUAUUAGUUAUCGACUACGAUUGUAAAAUGCAUAGAUAUAAACCACACCGGAGUUUCCGUUAUGCCGAGAAUACUCGACAAUCGAUUUGUGUAUGAUGUCGUUUCAUAUCGUAUUUUUUCGGUACAUUGUAUUCGGUUGU